AUGUCGUCCGCGUCACAAGGAAAAACCGCCUCCCACACUACCUCCUCCUCCACUCCAGCAUCGCCCACCCCCCAAAGACCACCCUACCACUCCGCCGCCUCCUACUUCUCCUACCCCGUCAGCCACGUCGUCUCUGGGCUUUACCGUCGUAUAACCGACCCCGAUAUAGGCAAAGAAAUGCCGUCAAUCAUGCCAUGGUCGAGGUCUUCCACUUCCUCCGAAGUCUUCGCACCGCGCCGAACAGCCUCACCCUUCCAACCACCACCACUCACACCCCUCACCCUCGAAAUCCCCAAAUCCGCAGACUUACUGCAACAACAACUCCUCACGCGCGCACUAGCAGAAGAAAUCCGCCUGCUAGUACCCCCCCGCCUCCAACUUGCCGAGACCUGGCGUCUCGCCUACAGCCUCGAUCGCGAUGGCGCCUCCCUCUCCACCCUCUACGAGAACUGCGCCGAGUUCUCGCACCGUAGCCCGCGGGCGGGCUACGUCCUCGUCAUACGUGACUCCUCCCCCUCCGGCACCGUCUUCGGCGCCUACAUGACCGAUGCCCCGCACCCAGACUCGCAGUUCUUCGGCACCGGCGAGUGCUUCCUCUGGCGCUCUAGCGUGCUCCCACCCCCGGCAAACUUCCCCCUCACCCUCCAAGGCGAAGAAGGACCCCAAUCCGAGGAGGCGCUCGAGCGGGCUGGUCUUCCUCCCCCACCCUCCGCUGAUACCAUAACCGCCGGCCGCUGGAGCACCCUGCGCAACGACGGCAAAUCAAAGCCUGCGAGGGCGGAAUCGCCCUCUCACAAUCUUAACAUGAAUAUUAAAACUAAUAUCGCCGCUGCGAGUGGCGGUGUGCUUGCACCUCCGUCGCCUUCUUCUAUCCAUACCCCUUCGCGCAGUGGGGCGAGCACGCCUGAACGUAUUCGUUUCAAGGCUUUCCCCUACAGCGGGGUUAAUGAUUAUAUGAUCUUCUGUGAAACUGGAUUUCUCAGUCUAGGAGGCGGUGAUGGUCACUAUGGAUUGUGGGUUGACAGCAGUCUCGAAAAGGGCGUGAGUGCACCGUGUCAGACAUUCGGCAACGAGCCCCUCUCUGAUGAGGGCGUCAAGUUCGAUGUACUUGGAGUCGAGGUGUGGUAUGUGGGCUCUUGA